UUAAAAACAAGAAAUAAAUAAUAACUAAUUAUAAAAAAUAAUAAUAGUAACUGGAUGACAACAAUAAUAAAAAAAAUCAUCGAUUCUUUCUUGCCACUUUCGUUGGCCCUCACUGUCAAUGUUAUGAAUUCCGUUGUCAAGUACUCCACCCCCACAACAAACAGCCCCCAUCGGUUGCUAAGGAAUUGACAUGCAGUUGCUAGUGCAGGGUUUCAUCACAUUGCAACGUCAAUAGUGUGUACAAUAGUGAACGCAUCAUCUUCACGUGAAUGGACAACAGAAGAAGACCCGAGGACCGUAAAUCAAUCAGAGAUCACGUCAACCACGAUAGGCCACCAGCUCCCAGAUUCACCAGUGAAUCUCCCAUUGAUCAGGAAACCCCAGAGAGAAUACCAAGACCUAAAUCAAGAUACUCAAAUCGACGAUCGUCUCACACCUCCAGGAAGAGCUUCCAGAAUGACAGUGACAGUGAGGAAGAUAAUAAUGAGGCUACGAUCCCCGAAUACAUCAGAGGAGGCUCAACUGAUCCAGAGAGAUCGGACCAACGUCGUCCCGAUGGUGCUGAUAUCGCAGAUGAGGUCGAGAAGGGCCGUGAAAAUGCGAAGCAAAUCAAGCGGAGAAAAUCGAAAAGACGAAUGCACAGAGAAGAAAAAGGUACUUCGAAGGCUGGGGAGAGUUAUGAAGAGGACCCUGACGAGGAUGGGGAUCCUGUGAAGUCGAAGAGGGGGUCCAGGAGUCAGACUGAUAGCAGCGCUGGGAGCAAGAGGAAGAAAAGGAGAAAGGCUCGUGACAGAGACGAUUCAACUAAUGCCCGAGAUGAAUUACCAAUAACGGAGAUACUCAGGAAAUCCCAGGAGAAUGCCCGAUUGCAGUAUGAAGAAUCAUCGCCACUUCCGCAGUUAACAACAGAUACGAUUUAUGUACAAGGAAGAAAUGGCUUCAGUGCAGUGAAGAUUCCUGGAGAUCGUAUUGCCCGAGGUCGACGGGAUCCUGAUGCUGAGGGUGCUAUUGCGCAUCCGAUAAAAGUGGCGAUACUGGCGCAAAAGGCCUGGCGGAACGCAGGACUAAUUUAUCAAGGUCUUCUUGCGGGAAUGGCACUUAUGCAUUUUCUUUUUAUGCAAACGUUUACUGGAUUGUUUCGAGAAUCGUUUAUCGAUUAUUCAAUUAUGGGAGAAAUUUAUACGAAUUUAUUUUCGUUUCUCGUUGCUAUGAGUUUGGUUUCGGCGUUUGAUAAAUUUGAUCUAGCACGUUUGGAGUGGGACCACUUCAGAGAAAUCUAUAUGUAUCAUUGUAAACCGUUUCUAGCGAUUCCCUUGUACAUUACAGUCUUCUGCUUGCAUCAAGUGACUUUAAAGUUUGAUGACAAAUUAACGUUACUGCAUUAUCGAGAGAGCAAUGAAACGGGGAUGGUUGAUGGAAACAGCACCGUAACCAUCACUUCCGAAGAAUUAAUCACCUGGAAAACACUAACCGUUACCAAAAAUGGAUUAGCUGUUGUAGCUUGGCUAUUCAUAGCUCUUGGUCCCCAAAAAGACAUGCUCCUAGUGCAUCUCCAGGCUCUCCAGAAAUACGCUUACAAUUAGUUGAUAUUUACGAAUAAUAACAACGAAUGAAUCAAUAAAUGAGUAAAACGUGAACAGAAUAAAUUAUUAAUUUCCUAAAAUGCUCGUUCAUCAAAAUGCAUCGCUCUUUUUUGUUUUUAAGUCGCGUUUUGUUUUCAGUUUUUGAUCACGAGGUGAGACAAUUUUUAAUCAGAAACUAUCUCACUCCAAAAGGUGCGACAGUUCCUAAUGAAGAGGUGAGAUGUUUUUGGAUCAGAAUCAGAAAUGGUUGCACUUCAUGAUCAGAAAUUAUUUCACUCUCAUCAACAAACGUCUUAACAAUGUUGACAAAACUCCGAAAAUCCCCAAAAAUCCGAUCAACUAAUCAGCAACUGCUCCGAUCGGAAACUGUCGCAUUCCCCCAACUUACGUUCUUCGACUUUCACCAAUAAAAUCGAACAUUAAUCCCUUCCCACUUAAUUUUAAAGAUAAUUACUGGUGUACUCACCCAACAAAGUAAUGAAACAAGGUGAACAACUACAACAAGAAAAAAAACUUUGUAAAUUCGUAUAUUUAGCAGAUAAGAAAUCCAAAUAAAAGAACGAGUGCUUCAUAUAAAUACAUUUUCACUUGUAUAUCUCGCAUUCAUUUAUCAAAUUGUUUUCAAUGACUUAUUUUCCUUCAUUUUUUCAAACAUUCAAUUACCUAUGUAUAUUUAUAAUGUAGUAUAUUGAAUUCUAUACGGGGAAAGUGUAUUUUUUUUUCUUUUAUUUCGUACUAAUGGUGUAGCGUGGAAUUUCGAAAGAAAACACUUGAAAAAAAAAUGAUAUUGAUACAUUACAAGUCAAUGUCCACGUGUUAUCAUUUUUCAACGUUUUUUUUAUUCAUGUCGAUAUAUUAUUAUAUUAUACUUUUGGCAGGAAUGUUGCAUCUAUAUAUUCUUCAUCUCGCCAUCGCACAAUAGAGCUCGGAGUAAUCACAAACGAGCGAAAGAAAAGAAAAAAAAAACCAGAAAA